AUCAAGAACCUUGAGAAAAACGAACAUAACCGCCACUUCUUCUUCUCCAAAACAAAAAAAAACCUUCAGCUCAUCCAUCAAUGGAUUCUUUCAAGAAUCUCUGCAACUAUUUCUUCUCAAAAUCAAGAACCCACUAUUUCUUCACAACCAUAUUCACUCUCACACUCAUCGUCUUCUUCUUUCUCUUCUCCGCCUGUUCCGACGGCGGCCCCGCCUCUCCUCCGGCCAUUUCCUCCACAAGUCUCCCCUCCCGCCGCCGCUCUCCCUCCGACGAACUCACGCCGCUUCCUCCGCCGGCGUUUCUCUCCGGCGCCCGCCUCGCUUCUCAGAGCUACACAGCUUGCAGUACUACUAUCACUAUCCCUGCCGAAAAAACCGCAGAAGAGAAAUUCGAUUCGUGCGACAUAUUCGAUGGCAGUUGGGUUAUCGAUGAAGGAUCCAAACCCGUUUACGAACCGGGUUCUUGCCCGUUUGUCGACGACUCUUUCGAUUGUUUCAAGAAUGGCCGCCCUGAUUCUGACUACCUCAAGCUCAAAUGGAAACCCCAUGCUUGUAAAAUUCCAAGGUUUGAUGGGGUAAAAAUGCUGAAAUUACUAAAGGGAAAAAGAAUGGUUUUUGUGGGUGAUUCACUAAACAGAAACAUGUGGGAAUCAUUGGUUUGUGCUAUGAGGGAAUCGCUUUCCGAUAAGACGAAAGUUUUCGAAGUUUCGGGCCUGCGCCAAUUCAGAAGCCAAGGCUUCUAUUCUUUCAUAUUCAAGGAUUUCAAUUGCUCGAUCGAUUUCGUAAAAUCUCCGUUCCUCGUUCAAGAAUGGAAGUUUUUGGAUAAGGCCGGAACUCGAAGAGAAACGCUUCGGUUGGAUAUGAUGGAAGGCUCUUACAACAAGUACUAUGAUGCUGAUGUCAUUGUCUUCAACACAGGUCACUGGUGGACUCAUCAGAAAACCUUUCAAGGGAAAUACUAUUUUCAAGAAGGGAAUCAUGUGUACAACAAACUCGCGGUAGCGGACGCGUAUAAAAAGGCAUUGAAAACAUGGGCACAAUGGGUCGACGAAAAUAUCGACAGCAGCAAAACGAGCGUCUUCUUUAGAGGAUACUCGGCUUCUCAUUUCAAGGGGGGGCAGUGGAAUUCGGGUGGAAGCUGUGACGGAGAAACGAAACCUAUUACGAACGAAACUCAGCUUUCUCCUUAUCCAUGGAUGAUGAGAGCGCUCGAAUCCGUCUUGAUGAAAAUGAAGACACCCGUUUUUUACCUAAACAUAACGAAGAUGACGGACUAUAGAAAAGACGGGCACCCUUCGAUUUUCAGACGAUCGUCUUCGAAUAUUAAAAACAGGGUUUUUCAAGAUUGCAGUCAUUGGUGCUUGCCCGGUGUGCCAGAUUCUUGGAACGAGCUUCUUUAUGCCAUCUUAGUUCAAUCUCAGAAUCAGAAACUAAGUUCUUUUGUGCAUUAG